UUGACAUGCAGCUGUCCAAAAUGGCGACUUUCGGAGUCUUUCCCUCCAAAGAUGAUUUUUUUUUUAUGAAAUUUGACAAUUAAAGAUGGUCUUUCCAUGCAAACAUGUGAUUCAUAUCAUGAAUCCAUUACCUUUUGAACAUUACAUCGUACUGACACGUUGUCAAACCAGUAUGAUGUUCACAAACGAGUCAAACAUUACUAUUAACCUUUUGUUUCAUCCAAUAAUUCACGGCUGUUGAUUCAUUGUGCUAUAGGUUUGCUUAUAAACAACUUAAGCCAGCUUUUUUUCUACGUUAUGCGUAGUGGAUAUCAGAAGUAGAUAAUUAUUGCUGCAGUCAUGCCUGGAAGGAUGAUAUGUUUUGUAUGUGGAAGUCCGGGUGCGCAAACUUCAAUCAGAAUACGUCAACAUGAUCGGGAACCUUAUUUUCCAUUUCUUAUGCACCAUGAGCCACCAAAGGGUGCAAGGCUGGCAACAACAGAUGGGGUGGUGGAUAGCUGUGCUGUUUGUUACAUGUUUUUGACCCAACAGUGGGAAUCUUAUGAACGUUCCAAAACUCCAGCAGUGAAGAGGCUGUAUUGGUUAAAGCGCUCAGAUAAUGGCAGCUUUACUGGAGCAGAAAUGAGAAUCCAAGGUGAAUACAUUGCUCAAGUGAUGGGUCUUCAGUAUCCACCAGGCGCAGAUGACAGAUCUUCUCCUGAACCCAAACCUUCCCUUUCUGAUAGAGAAGUUUCCAAUCACAGUAACGCUAGUGCAGCUGCUAUGUUCUCACAUUAUAAUGAUGAAUCAAGAAAGAAAGCUCAUAAUGAGCCAUUCGAAAGGAAUUCUGUGCUUGACCUUUCAACAGCAAAAAGAAGUUCAGGUCAAGGGAAUAUGGAUGAACAAACAAAGAAGCCAGAAAAUGCUGUUUGUUAUAUUUGUGGGAAUACAUAUCCUCAUACAGUUUAUAACUAUUUAAAUGUGUUUGAUCAAGGAUCUGGGGAGCCUUAUUUUUCUGCCCUUGAAAGAGUAGAACCUUUUCCUGGUGCAGAAUAUAUGACGAGAAAGGGUCAAGUUAAAGGAUGUAAUCAUUGCAAGAAUGUUCUAUUUCAACAGUGGCAAGCUUUUGAAAUGUCCGGCACACCUUUAUCAAUGAGAAACUUUAAAAUAGGUCGUGAUCCUGAAAGGGUUGAAAGACCAGGUGAAAAUAAUGAUAAACAGGAACCUGAAAUAAAAACUGAAAAAUAUGCAGCAAAUGAAGACAGUUCUACUUAUCAUUGUUACAUUUGUGGUAACCCAUAUAUUGCUGACCAUGUUCGUCUUUUACACACUUCGCAACCAAAGGGCCCAAUGCUGAACUCUAUGUUUUUUCCCUUUGUGAGGGAACUAAAACGACCUUCUGGUGCGGAGCCACUUCGUUCAGAUGGAACAGUGAUAGUUUGCAUAAAAUGUUUUGGUCAUCUUAGUUGCCAGUGGGAAAAUCUGGAAAAGCAAAGUGUGCAUGUGUUUCAUAGGCAGUACUCAUUGAAGUUUUUAGAUGCCAUUCAGAGCCCAAGAAAACAAACAUCAAGCCCUGAUUCAGAAGAUGAAAACAUAGAACCUCUGAAUAUUCACAUAUCAAGUGCCAGUCCUGUUAUCACAUCUCUAAACAGUGAUCCAGGAUACUCUCAAGGUCUUUUGGCCAUUGCUCAAACCACUGAGUCUAGCCCUAGGCCAGUGUCAAGAAGCUCAAGUCUGUCUGUCAGCCCGGUGAAAGCAUUUGGCGGUUAUACAGAUUCUCGGUUGUCGGCAGUUACAGAUGCCAACGCUGUCACCAGUGUCAGUUUCAGACCUGUGCCUCAUCCUCUACAAAAGGUCACAGAAAUUCCGAACAGGGUCUGUUUCUUGUGUGCAGAAACGUGCCUCAUCUACAAAAUGAAACACAUUAGUUCAUACCCUAGUAGACACGAAGCAAAGCAUAACAAUUCUCAGGUAGAACCUUUCUUCCCAUUUCUUGCUAACUGUAACCCAGCUCAGGGUGCAGAUUCUUUGUCCGAUGAUGGGACGGUUGUUGUAUGUAAACUAUGCUACUACAAUUUACUCAAGCAGUGGACUGAUUACGAACGUUCCUCGGACCCAGCUGAUAGUAACCGGUGGUUAAGAAAGUACACGCUUCCGAACUACAUAUGCUAUGUUUGUGGAUCUGAAAAUGAGAGAAAAUUUAUGAGAAGCAUAGCAGUAAAGAACUUUGACUUCCUUCACGAGUUCAAAGCUCCUGGCGGUGCUAUGAUUAUCGACGAGGGUGAACGAGUGGUGGUUUGUAAGACCUGUGCGUAUAGUCUUAUGCAGCAGUUCACAGAGUAUGAUCGUAUGGGCGUGCCUCAGAAACUUCGGAAAUUCAACUGGAUCAAGACUCAGCACUAUGGGCUGGAGGACGAGAGACUUAACAACAAGGGUGCCUCUGCCAUAUCCCUACCCCCUUCAAAGGCCCAGACACCAGUGGCGGAUGGACCUAAGGUCAGAGGUGAUAGGGAGGAAGAGGGAGAAGAUGGGGACAGCAGGCAAGAGCAAGGUGGUUUGGGAUCAAAGCCUCCUCCACUGAACCUGAUGUCGCCAGCAGGUCCAAAACAGCAGCGAAACACUGCAACAGUGUCCCCACUACACCAUGUGCCCUCGCCGACAAACGGCGUCAACUCGUUGGGCGGAAACGUGGCCCUGAAUGCACGCUCGCAGUCUGGUUUUGCAGCGGCACUGAGGAAACUGGCCAAUCAGGCCAAAGAUUCUCCAGAUGAGGGUGUCAAGACAACGUCGUCUUCAAGCCCCCGUGCCACGAGCACAAAGAGUGGCCCUCCACCACUGAUGUACACUUCAACAACCUUGACUUCACCACCCGUGGUUACUAUAGCACCCACACAGUCACAUCCCAGUCUGAUGGCUAGUGACGCUAGACCGACCCUGGAGCGCUUGCACAGCAACUCUUCCAUGUUUGAGUCUUAUGGAGGCGGGAAACAUGAUCGUCCCCAGUCGUCUGCGUCCAGAGAGGAAGAUCGGUCAACAAGUCGUGACAACCACUCACAGUCAGCACGCAGGAUGACUCCUCACUCAAACCCUGGGGCUGGGUCCCCCCUGCUUGGGAGAGAGGAGGCAUCUGGGCGUGGUUUCCAGCCGUAUCGCCCCGGAGAUGACCUCAGACCUCCACUGUCCUCGUCCCUCGCCCUUGACCAGGCAGCAGCAGCUGCAGCUGCAGCUUACUCCUACCCAGCAGCGUUCAUGCCACAACAUGCAUUUCCACAUCCGGCAUUUAGAUUUGAUGACCCUCUUCUCCUUGAGCGGUACAGGAUGAUGCAGAGCCCGUAUCUCCCAUACGGCCAGGGAAUGAUGCCGCACCCUGGGCUUCACCCGCUACUCACUGCUGGAGCUCGCUACCCGACCGACAUGUUCCCGCCCCACUUCUCACCAUUCUCCCAGCCACCUGGGCGUAUGUCCGAACACCGGUCACCAUCCUUCAUGUCUGAGAGAGAGGAAAAGCAGCGGGAACUAGAAAGAGAACGGGAAAGGGAACGGGAAAAGGAGUUGGCUGCCCAGCGGGAGAGACAAAAACUUCUCGAGCGGGAGGCAGAAAAACAGCGAGAGCGUGAAAGACUAGCUCAUCGAGAAGGCAGGGGAGACAACUUAAUUAGUGGCAGGGACAAGCACGAUCAGGGUUCGAAGUAUGGCAGCAUUAUACAGGGAACGUCUAAGGGCCUGGGUAUUGCAGACCGGUACCCUCGUGUAUCGUCGUCUACCCAGAAUGCAUCAGCCAGGAAGGAUGAGCGGAGAUCUUCUAAAGAUGAAUACCCCUUCCUAGGAAACAGGCUACCCUCUCAAAAGAGCGGCACAGAGGAUGCUGAAAAGCGCUACUCAUUGGUCAACCCCCUCAGAGAGGGACAGAGGUCAAGGCCAAGAUCAGAAGAUGUCAGUGGGCGUGGCAACAAGUUACAUGACUCAGGAUUAUUCCGCCCCUUUGACAGUCAGCAGGCAUUGAACGGAUACGACCUUGAAGGGGAGAGAAUUGAUAAUCGUAACUCUGGAGGAAAAUUGGAAUCUCCUACCAAGCAUUCAGACUCACAUUCACGCGAUCAGAAGUUUGAAUCCAGGUAUAAGGAUGGUGAUUCAACAGCUUCUAGUGCAUUUCAAUCUGUUAGCAGUCGUGGGGAACAUAAUUCCAAUUCUCUGUUACAUUCUUCAGUCCCAAAACAAACAGUUAUCAGUGGUCAGUCUGUUUUCUCGGCUCCGCUAAAUGUCCCCUCGUACAGUUCAUCAUUUGUACAAUCAAGCGGAAGCUUAUCGAAAGAACCGAUAAUGAGCACAGAUGCUCUGCGUUCUGCGCAUAAUGAAUCUCAGUCAUCGUGUAUAAGUAAACUUGACCUGGAACAACGCCGUAAGAGCGACACUCAGAUGGAAAGGCCGCAGUGGAGUGAUAGCGAGUGUGACUCAAAUAGUGAACCGGACAAUCAGGAAAGAAAGCUUCUCAUCUCCUCAGGACCUCCGCUGAAACUCGAUACUUCACCGAAAAAGAUUAAACUUUUCUCUGAGCUUGGUCUUACAACUUAUUCUCAAAAAAAAGACGCAGACUUUGAAAAAUGGCGUAAAAGGCGGCGAAAAAUGAAGGAGCGAAGUGUUAGCCCGGUGUCUGUAGAGUCCGGUCCCCCUACUCCACUGAAGACCAUGUAUUCCGCAGAUGAUCUCUGCAGGGAACCAGACUUCAAGAAAAAAUGCCACUUCCUGUCUCAGAAUCUCAACCUAGAACCAUUGUCUUCUGACAGUAGGAAAGCUAAUCAUAUGAUCUUGAAAGCUAUAGAAGAGGAGAAGAGUCGUAGAUUUAUUACAAAUAUAGCAAAGAGUGAAAGUACUGACACCUUAAAUACCGUUGACACAACAAACGCUAGUUCUGACAAUACUAGAAUAACUGUGAAACGAAAAAUAGACAAUGAAAUAGACGAUGUGUUCAACUUCUCAGCGCAAGAAAAACAAAAUCUAGGACCACCAUUCAGCCGUCAGCUAAGUAACUCAAGCACUUCAAGUGUGGGUCGCCUUGGUUCCAGCCAAUCAGCAGAAAAUCUUGAACGCUUACCAAUGUACUCAGCCGGACCCCGUGUGCCAAGACCUUCGUCGUUGAGCCGCAGUUUUGCGCAGGAGUUUCAUGAAUCUGUUCUCCAAUCUACAAGACAGAAAGAGAUGCUUAGAGCUUCAGGUGACGCUGGACGAAGCCUGACGGACCUGUCCCCCCAGAGUGGGAGUUCACCCCGUGUGUUGCCAUGGCAACCAGAAGCCACAGACACCUGGCAGGGGGUGGAGAAGGUCAUGGAGGGGUACCAUAGGCACAUGCAAGCCGAGAGACUGGAGCGCCAUGUGCUGAUUGACCGAAGCAGACAUCUGAAGUCUGAGAACUCAAGGCUGAAUACAGUGGCCUCUCAGCUUAGUCAACGUGUUGAGGAGAUGUUGAGAAACAAAAGCCAACUGGAGGAGCUUCGACAGUAUAACCAGGAGAGGAUUGAUUCCAUCAAGACCUCGCUCAGGAAACUGAAAUGAUGCCGGCCAUGAUGGAUAACACGCUGCACCAUCAGAUAGAGAUAUAGCCAUCAAUUACACUUUUGUAAAGGUGAUAGUGGCUCUCUUGUCUGAAGACACUACCAAAAAAUUUUUAGUUGGCAGUGGUCACUUACUCGAGACUUGUGUAGACUAGGGGUACUAUUUAAUAGAAUUACCCAUUGUUGUUUACUUCAGGAGAAACUCAAGUGACAAAAGGAACUUUCAGGAUAAACUCAUGAUGACACUUCGGGGCGAAACUUAAAAGUUGAAGUUAAGACUGAUGCUGGCAUUUUGCAAUGAUUUUUGUUUGAACAGGCUAUGAGGUUAAAUAUGAGGCGAAGGUGACAGGUCAAAGGUCGAUGGUUGUUAUGAAUGUCCACAUUGAUUUAUGAAUUGACCAUUGCAUGCAAACUGGAGUAAAAAUCUUUGGUGAUUACCUACCGUGGACAGAUUGAUCAGCCCCUAAAAUGUUACCAGUUAUGUAUGAACUGUAGAUUGUUGCCGCAUAGAGGUUGUGUUGGCAGCAGCGGUGUCAAAGUCUACUUCAAAAACUUGGUCAUAACUCAAACUCUGUUCAAGUUAUUCAAAUGAAACUUGGUACAAAUGAUGCCAGAGACAUAUACACCUAGGCACAUCAGGGCUCAUAACUCUUGCUUUAAUAUUUGUCCAGUUAUGCCCCUUAUUUAACUGUAAAAUAAACAACUGUUGCCGCUCGCUCUUGUACAUGAUAUGAGCUUUACUAUUGCACAUAAUACUCUUUUAGCCUCAUUCAGAAAUGUAUUAAACAUUGUGCCAAGUGUGAUGUUUCAUUGAAUUUUUCAUAGUUCAUCAUAGCAUUAAAGUAUGUAUGAACAUGUUUUUAAACUGUUGUGUAUGUCAAUGACUUUCAAAUACUAGUGGCUGGAUUUUGUAAGUUUUGUGAUUAAAAGCCAUUGAUUUCUUUUAGAAGUGUAUUAAGCUAUUGUAUAUGUUGUUUUAUCUGUAAUGUGUCAAUCACACAAAAAUACUUUGUACGAUUUAUAAAACAUUAUCUAAUAUAUUAAGUGUAUCAUUAUACAGAUGUUAUAGCUUUAAAUAGAUAUCGUACAUACAUGAGCGAUGUAGUUCCGGUAAUGCUGCAUAUGUCAAUAAUAUCAGCUUUUAUCUUUUAGUGCUUAAAUUUCCUAUAUGCUAAUACAGAGCUGUGUUAGCUUUAUGUGCAUAUUUUACAUGUUUAAUCAACCACAGGAUGGCUAAAAUCGCUUGUGAUAAAUAGUAUAUCUCAAUUUGGCAUUAGAUAACACUGUAUUGAUGUUUUGUUCGUUUGAAAUACCUCACUUAUUUUUUCAGAAAAUUCCCAAAAAUACUCCAUUUUGUAAGUGACUGCUUAUGUUUGGAAAAAUUGCAAAAAAGCUGAAAAAUGCAUUAUUGUGAAGCUAUGUUGCUACAGCAACACAAACACAUGUUUAUUUUAAGUUCACUGGAGGACUGAAACAGGUGUACAGAUUGAAUAUUUUGUGGGGUAUUUCCUUCACUUUUCACGAAUAAUCCUGAAAUUGUUAAGGAUUAUCAUGGUAUUUUUAUAGGACAACAAAAAAGGAAUGAAAAAAAUGUAUUCUUAAUCGCCCACUUGUUCCGAUUUUUAUAUUUUUCUUAAUAGGGCUGUCUUUUUAAUGAUUUUUGGGGCGAAAUUUUGGAGUGAGAACUUCAGGAGUGAGAUCCCACUCCCACCAUAAAAAGUAUAUAUUUUUUCCAAUUUUGUGUCAUAAUUCUCUUUUAGGUAUCCCUGUUUAUGAAGAACUGGUUUAGGUGAAAUUGAACAGAAAUAUAUACAAAAAUAAAUGUAAUUUUUGCUUGCAAUAUACUGUCACAGGAAUACAGUAAAGUGAUUGUAGGUUUGAUACAAUAAUCACUCUGACACUUAAUUUUAGAAGGACCCUGAUGAGAAUUAUAUGUGUUUAUUCAGAGGGCCUUAGCCCCAUUCCCCUAGAGGUGAACCACAGCCCUGACUUAAGCCUAGUUGCUUAUGUUGGCAUGAUGUGCAAGAAUGUGGUCUUGCGUCGUGAUGGACCACAAACCAAUUUCAUACGAUAAGGCAAAGAAGUGAACCAGGUAUGUCAUGGUGGAAAGCCAGUAUGCUAACCACUGGGUUCACUUGGCUGCUGUUGAGUGAGGGUUAAACUCCUACAUAAAAUUUUUGGUAUUUUUUUGUAAGGAAUUGCAAAUUAAAUAAGUGAUGCUAGUAUGAGGCCAGAAAGGCGAUAUUGACUCAGUUGGUGUUAAAUAUUGAUUUUUUGGAUUUAUUCAUUUCCUGAUUGAGUAAGAUAUGACAAUUCUAGAUUAUUAAAUUUAAGCCCUAUUUUGGGGUUAUCCUACAUAUUGUGAAAUUUUAUAAGUUUUAAUUUAAGUAUCAAGUUUUUCAUUAACCGUUUGUUAAUGUAGAAAAAAAAAUGUUGUUAUAAAUAUUUUUGUUACAUUUUGUUUAUCUCUUCAAGAAACGUGUUUUUUUUUGUAAUAUUGUUCCUGUUUUUUCAAGUUAUUAGAUAGAAAGUUCCUUGUAUUUGUUUUAGACCUGUGUUGUUCAGUAUAUUGAAGGUGAUUAUGAUCAUAAAGAAAUGAAAACUAUUACAUGUUUAUUAGAAUUUUUACUAUCAAGUUGACUAUAUUUUAAUUGUCAUAUUUUUUAAGACUGUAAGUAACAGUUCGAAUUUUAUUUUAUUUCAAUAAACCAUUUACUGCAUUUUAGUUUUUGAUGGAUGCAUAUCAAUUUUGUCAUGGUAACAUUACGCGAUUGAACACCCUCGCAUUUUGGGAUUUUUUUUGGUAAUCCGAACAAAGCAAUGGCACAUUAUUAAAUUGGUUAAUCCACAUUUUAGUUUAAGUAAGGAUCUUUUUUAAUUAAAAAUUCAUGUAAUGUAAAAUAUCUGAUACAUGGGCGAUGAUUUGAGUUGUUUCAUAUAAUUAAGAACAAUAUCAUCGUAAUAUUUUUUCUUACUCAAGUAUUGAUAGUUCUAACUUAUAAAAAAUAUUCUUUUAGCUAUAAUAACAUAAUAAUAUGCAUAUUUGCAAAAAUAAAAAGGGUUGUAUUUUAAUUGUAUAAAAAAUUUAAUAAUGAUAUAUACAGAUUUUUAUGCCUUAGACAUUAUAGAACAAGGUCGAUUGAAAUAUUUAACUAGGUUUUAAUUUUUGGAUUUGUUCGCAAAUCAUACAGGUUGUAAAUUUAAAACCUUUGGAAAUAUUUAAUUUAUUGUUGUUUCCUGAGGAUUUAUAAUAGCGUUACAAACUUUAAACCUUGCUUAGUUGGUCAAAACCAAUUAAUUUAAAAAAAAAGGACCUCAUGGAAUUGAAUUAUCUUGAUUAGGAAUACCUGUUGAGGCAGUUUGCUGGAAAUCCUUUCAUGUUUAGUGCCAUAUAUUUAGUAUAUGCUCGUAGUGGUUUAGCAUUUCUAUCACAACAUUUAAAACUAUUGCCAGUAAAAUUAAUCACAUUUCAUUAACACUGUUCGUGAUCUGUUUAGAAUUAUACUUUUAAUUAAAUAGAAGUGAUUCUUUUUUUUUUUUUUCUUUUUUUUUAAAUGACUUGUAUAACUCUAUGGCCUUUUCACCAGCUACAAGUUUCAUGAGUGUAACUUUAAUUCUAUUUCUGAUGGAUCAAGAUCCAUCAAGAUCAAGUGUGGUGUUUUUACCAAUUUUAUAUUGCCAUAGCAACAACAUAUUUUGCCGACAAAAAAAUAAGAAGGGGAUCAUUUCCUCGUAAUUGUCUUCUAGCCCAUAUAAAGUUUGCAUACCGGUACUUUUUGACAUUUGGCAGGGAUAAUGUUUUUCAGGAGAGAUGAAAUUAUUUUUUUUAACUUAAUGGUGCCGUAGCAACCACAUUUUUGGUCUGACAAACAGUAAAUGUUGUUCUAUUCACACACAAAUUUUUCACUAUUUCCAUUGCCAUACCAACAAAAGUAAUAAAAUGACAUGUAUAAUGAAAAUCUCCUUUUUGCCCUCAGACCAAAGAACUAGUUUCAUUUACCCAGCUUGCAUACCACUUGAGAUAUUGCAGGACCCAUUUUUUCAGACAGAUGGACAAACGGUAUAGAGCACUAAAUCGAUGUACUAAGACACUUUGCUAUGUAAAAUAAAAUGUUGUUGAUGUUGCUAGUAAGGAUGCUUUGCUUUAAUUGUUAAAUGAUAUUUAUUCACAUGAUAUGUGUUUGUGUUUACAAAACUAUACAUAUUAUAUAUCGGUGUUCUGUGUGUUACUUAUUAAUACAUUGUAUAUUGUACCGUGAGAUACUGAAUUUGUUAUGAUCUACUUCAUCAAUAAAAUUUUAUUUCA